ACACUUGAAACACUCCCCUAAACAUGGACGACGAUGAUGAUUGGCUGAUAUCAAGUUUGGAAAGAUAUGAACAACUCUUUAUGUAUGACCUCAGUACUCCAGUUCAUUUAAUGUACUUAGCAUCAGAUAAAGGAGUGUGGGUUUAUGGUCAAACACUUGCAAACAAAAGAGAGCUAUCGCUUCUAACACUUCCGACCAAAAUCACAAAUAAAGAAAUAACUGGUGGAAGAGAUUUUAAAAUAUCUGCUGGAGCUGUUAUCCCAUUUUCAAUAAAUUGCAUCCAAGAAAUGUCUAACCAGCAAGCUGUGCUCUGCAAUGCUGAUAAGCGUUCACUACACUGGUGGAGAGAAGAUGAAAGAAGCCCAGAUCUAUUGGUUGAAAUUGCUUCUAGUAUCGUUCCACCACUACCUCAUCAUAAAGAAUGUGAAACUGCAAGGAGCCAAUGCAUAACUCAUAUUGAUUACUGGAAGAGCGAGAGCAAUGACCAGCACCUGCUAUUAGGAUCAAAUUCACCACCUGAUGAUGGUCACGUACAAAUUUAUGACGUAGUUUCUCACUCUGUUAGUUGGGAGACUGUACUGGAUAAAACAAAACUACACGAUGCACUUUACUUUGGCAGCCCACAUCAAAUAGUCUUAUGUUCGGGAAACUAUGGAGAAAUCUUAGUUGUUGAUACUAGGGAACCAUUUUCAGCGACACCUACUCGAUGUUCAAUGGAUGCCGAGACUCAUGAUGACUAUGCCUUAUCUUGUACUUCCAAUAUCAUUGGUACUCUGUCUGAUGCUGGCUCCCUGCGAUUAUAUGACAGCCGCUCAUAUGAAAAACCAUUCUAUUGUUGCACUAUGCCAACCACAUUUCAUUCAUCACAAUACCUUACUCUAACAAUAUCGCCAUAUAAUGACAGACUCUUAGGUUACUCAGGCCUCCAUCCUGGCAUUAUAAUCUAUGACACAACAUCGAUGCCGCCAAAAGCUAUCUUCACACAUGAUGGACAUGAGAAGGAAGGGGCAGAAUCAGUCAAAGUUCACGGACACAUCUGGCAUCAAAGCAUUCCAAGGUUAUUGAUAUCAGCAGGCAGUGAUGGAGGGCUACACAUGUGGCAGUACAACGAAUAAUCAUUUAAGAUUCAAAUUAUUUUAAAAAAUGCUAUUUUUAUGAUUUUGAAGUUGAUUGUUGUGACAAGCUGUA